AUGGCCACUAAAAGCGUGGGAAGUCAGACUGGGUCGGGGCGACACAAAAAGAGAAUCAAAAGAGAUCAUAACAUCAACGACAGUACAACUAUUACUCCUAACCUUAGUGAGGAUGUUGUAGAGAAAAUUCUCUCUUUCUUGCCAAUCAAACAUGCCGCGAUGUGUGGAUUACUCUCCACGAGAUUCAAGAAAUAUUCUUGGCUUCGCAACCCUAACUUCGUCUUCAACCUAGAUUUCGCUGUGGGUAGAAGUAGGGGAAAUUUUGUGAGGGCAGUUAACCGUAUUUUCAACCAACACUCCGGCUCCCAUAUCCAAAGAUUUCAGUUGUAUUUUGAUGCAACCGAUAUCGAGGCUAUAGUGGAGUACUGGGUACAUAUGAUAACUUCCAAAGGGGUUGAGGAGGUAGAUCUAGAUUUUACUCAGGGAGAUGAGCCUUUCAAUCUCCCUUAUCAUCUCUUAGAGUUUGAAUCCAUAAGAAUUCUAAAGCUAAACUUUUGUCGAUUCGAAUUGCCUCCCAAGUUGAAAGGUUUAUGCUUCUUAAAAACUAUUGCUCUUAGGCAGGUUAAUGUUACUUCAGCCCUAAUCGCGACCAUUUUUUCCAACUGCUUAUGUCUUGAGGGUAUCGACGAAGUGCAAUGCUCAGGAAUUUACCAUCUAAACAUUGCUGCUCAAGAGCUGAAAAAGUUUAGGCGUUUCGUGGUAGGGGAUUGCAAGGAUAUGUGUCUUAUUGAUAUCGACGCUCCUACUCUUUCAACGUUCUUUUACCGUGGGGAAUCCCCUGCCAUCAACUUCAUGACCCAGAUGCGACAUUUGAAGGACGUGAUACUUAAUUUCACGCUUGUCAGAUGUUUUCCUCAUCUUUAUUCAAUGAGCAAUCUCAUGCUCAGACUAUCUGUCUCGAACAUUGAAGUGCUCAGAAUUAGCACUACAUUUCUCGAGAGGCUCUCUUCGAAGUUCAAGAACGGGACUUACACAAAAAUAAGCUUUUUGCUAUUGAAUUUGAAGGAGUUUCACUUGUUCACGGAUGGAGCAAUUACUGACAUUAAUCCUUAUGACAUUGUUUCUUUCCUCAAGAAUUGCCUGUAUGUAGACAGAGUUUUCCUUGAUCUUGGUGAAUAUUCUUUUGAAUAUGGAUAUUAUUGGAAGAUGCUUGGAAAGCAAAUGUUUGAGAACUGCGAUGCAAAUUUCUUCCAGCUUAAGCGACUUACAGUGAGCGGCUUCAAAUUCGAAAAGCUUGAACUCGAGAUGCUGAAGUUUUUUCUCAACAAGUCCGGAGUCUUGGACAGUGUGGAACUCGUACCGGCCAAGAAUUGGCGGUUAGGAGUAUUUACUCGAGAGGAGCAUGAUAUGUAUAAUCAACUUUUUGAUUCUUGGAAAGUAUCUCCGAAUGCGAAAAUAAGCAUAUUGAAGAGUAUCGAGUUGAUUAAUGUUUGGUCGUUCUAA